GACAGAAAGUAACCAUUCGAUCAAAUAGUAUAAACGGUUAUUAAAAGGCCAAUUACAUAAUUUUAAGCUGUCAAAAAUACUGUUAUGACAGUUGACGCGUUGACAAAACAUAUGAAAACUCGAUGAGAAAUUAGUAAACAACGGAUCGGUUGUUCAAAUAUUAAUUGUUAGUACAAAAGUUUACAAAAAUGAAUCAUACCCAAAUUUUUAUAACAAUUUUUUCAGUUUUUUUAUAUAUACAUUUAGGCGUAUCCCUAGAAUGCUAUGUUUGCGAUAAUCAAGAAGACAAUCACGGGAAAUGUAGUAGAACUAUAGCAACGUGCGAUUAUGGAGAAGACGUAUGCUUAUCAGAAAUAAGUUGGGGAAGUACCCCCUACUGGCAACAAGGUGCCUUAAAGCAAUACUAUAUAUCAAAACGAUGCUCAACUAAAGAAAAAUGUGAAAAAUUUCGAAGUAGUAAUAUGGCUACAUGUACUCACAUCUGGUAUCAAGACUGGAAAUGUUCGGAAUGCUGCAAAGGUGACAGGUGCAAUUAUUAUAUUAUUUCUGAUUCGUCAAAGAAAACGCCAUUAAAUAGUGUUAUUUUCUCGACAUUUGUAGUAUCUACAGUAAUGUUCAAAUAUUUUAACUGAAUAUUAGAUAUUUAAUAGAACUUGUUUGUAAUAGAAUGUGUUCUUUCCUACUAGUUAAUCAUAAUUAAUGAAUUCCAACGAGAAAUUACUAGAAAAUUGUAGUUUUUUUCAUUGAAAUUUGUUAAGUGGCAAUAACAUUUUUAUAUAGAUCAUUUCAAUGACUCUUUUAGUACAAACUACUGGCUGUAAUGUAAUGUAUAAAAAAUCAUUUAACCAUAGACUUGUGUCAGCUAUAGCACUCACAUGGUUUUUUUAAUUAUACGCGAGAUUAAAAAAAUAGUUUAAGGUUGUGGUUAUAAUAACAAUUACUACAGUCAUCUAUCGAAGUCAUUGAAAGGAUUUAAAGAAAGUACACAGAUAUAUUUUUAAUAAUCAAAAAUUUAUUAUUUUUUCAUAGAAAAAUGUAAUUAUGGUGAAUAUACAAAAAUUGGACAACUUUUUGUCUAUUUUCCAUAAAUUUUUACCAUAAUGUGUACAAAUGUUUGUAUGCAUAUUUUAUCUCAUUAAUAUACUAUCCUAUGCAAUGACAGUCAUGUUUUAUAAUAUUUUUGAGGGCAAGAGUACAAUUUCCUUGGCAACAGGAUUUGGCAAUGCCAUUUUGUAAAUUGACCCAAAAUAACUCAAAUAUGAAGAAUAAUCUUAACCUAACCCCACAGGGUUUCGUCUUUGAAAGCAUUCAGAGCUUAUGUCUUGCUUGAUGAGCUCAAAACAGCAUAUUUCUACUUUUAGUUAUUGAUGAAAUCUUCAGAUUAUUGCUAAAUAUUUUUCUUAUUUUAUAAAUGGUACUAAACAACAGUCAAUUUUUUCUAAAGAAGUUUGAACCAUUCCUGUAUAUAAUAUUUAUCACGCUGGGAAAAAAGUCAUGUAUAACUUCAACCUUUUGUUUGUUAACUUACAAGACUCGUGUUGAAUUUAAAGGGAUAAAAUUUAGACAAAGUAUUAAAACGCAUUUGUUCUAUAAAGUAAAUCUCAAACUGGGUUAUGACUUCAAUUAUUGAUAUCUGAAGCGAGAAUUCGAAAAAUUUUAUUCCUAAUUUUCGUUUUAUUUUUGCCUAAUUAAGAUAAAUUUAUUGCCAUGGAAAACGUAUCCUAUCCUUUUUGAUAUAUUUACAUUGUUUCAAUUCUAUUCUUAUUAAAAUGUUAGUAAAAUUUAAACUUGAAAUUUGUAUAAUUCUCAGAAUUCUCAGUAAAAAACUAGUUACAUGGGUUAUUAAAAAAGUCAAAAUACGACUAAUACAAUGUUGUAACAUCCUCUGAAACUAACUAAAAAAAACGUUGACUUACAGAAAUCAGUUUAUGAAGUUGAAUCCAGAAAUCAUUGAAAUUUCUAUCUUUCAUUGCAUUUCAGUAGGAAAAUUCAUUGAUUUCUAUGUUUCACAUUUUUUGGAGGAUAUUUUUGAAAUUCUUCAAGUUUUCUUAAUGUACACUAGUUCAUUGUAAUAGGUAGGCAUUAUUUCAUCAAAGUCAGUAUAAAUUUCUCUAAUUUUUCUCUAAAGUCUGGUGAUGCUUUAACGUUUUUAAACCCUUUUAAAUAAUAGUUGCAGUCUUUCUUCUCAAAAUAGACGUUUACAUAUAAAUUUUAAGGUUAGGGAAGAGGAAAAAGUCGCAGGGGACUAGGUCUGGUGAUUAUGGUGGGUGGUUAAUUAAUUUAAUGUGAAAUGGACACUUAGGAUAAGCUAAGAGACUAUGUAAGUCCAAAUCGUGGGAGGGUAUGAGAUAGAAGUCGAAGAUUUCUGGCAGCUACAGUCAUCUCACAUCCCGAAUUUUCUAAAAGGAAUGAGAUUAAUAUAUUAGGGGACACAAUAGAUUACAUACAUGUCACCCUGAACUACAUAUAUAACGAACACCACCUCAAUAUAUCAGAUUACUGUAGAAACAAAUCUCAAGUAUAAUAUCAUGAAGAUUGUUGGGAAAAUAUAGUGUACAACACGUGCAAAAACUGGAUACAAUAUAAGGUUGUUUUAUUUGAAUCUGAGGCAUGUAUCUGCAUGUUAUGUCAUUUAAGUUAUGAAUAUAAUUUAUUAUGUUAUAAAAAACAAUUUUUAUAUGGUUUUGAAAUUCUGUUAAAAAAUAUUUACCCGAAUCUCAAUAAUUGCUCCGUCCAUUUUUAGUAUUAUUUACAAAAAAUUUUUAUAUUUUAAGAUGAAGCAUGGCACAUAAUUUUUAUAUUUUUACAAGUUUACAUUGUUAACUUUGUAUACACUUUUUAAUAAAAAAAUAUAUUUAAA